AUGAAGGUGUUGAACUUGGUGAGGGAGUUCGAGAGAAUGCAGAUGAAGGAUUCUGAGUCCAUCAAAGAGUAUUCAGACAAGUUGAUCGAGAUUGCUAACAAGGCAAGAACAUUAGGAACUGAUCUAUCUGACAAUAGAUUGGUUCAGAAGAUUCUGGUUUCAUUACCUGAGAGAUAUGAAGCAACCAUUGCCUCUUUAGAGAAUACUAAAGACCUUUCCAAAAUCAAAGUGAUAGAAGUUGUUAGUGCUUUGCAAGCACAUGAGCAGAGAAGGUUGAUGAGGCAAGAAGGAAGCAUUGAGGGGCACUGA